AUGCACCCAUACUGUGACCUGGUAGCAUAUGCCUACCAGGAGCUCCGGCAGCGGCAGCCCUACCUCUCGGUCGGUCGCGCGGCGGCGGCCGUGCUGCGGCAUGGCGGGCAGCUCGACGCCGCCGUGGAGGAGCUGCGGUCGGAGCAGUCCAGCGACGAGGGGGAAGAGGAACUGGAGGCGGAGGGGCUGCGGCUCCACCUCUCCCGCUGCGGCCGCUCCGCGAUUGGGGCGACGGGCUACACGGGCGUCACGCGAUCGGCAAGUGGCCGCCUGUACGAGGCGCGGUCGCAGGAGAACGGCAAGCCGGUCAAGCUGGGCUCCUUCUCGCGCGCCGUCGACGCGGCCGUCGCUUACGCGCGAUACCGGCUGCAGCGGGGCAAGGAGGGGUUCGAGUCGGAGCCCGAGGCGGACGGCGAGGACGGCGAGGAGCCGCAGGCAAGCGCGAAGGCUGAGCGGCCGGUCGAGCCGGUGGCGCUCCACGCGGACGUGGACGCGGACGCGGAGGCGGCGCGGGCCGCGGCUGCGGUCCACCACGACAUCUUCGCCGAGUCCGGUCUGUUCGCCGACCCGUCGGGCCCGUUCGUCUCCUUCGCGGACGGCGUCGAGGGCGAGCGGCCGGCCAAGAUGGCGCGCAGCGCGUGACGUGAGGCUGUCUGCUGUUGCACGUGGUCCGGCGGACCGGGACCGGGACUGGGGGGGCUUACUGGGGUCGCCCAGCGACGCGGCGUGGCUGUGCACGAAGGCGAAGACGGAACCGGGAACGCUGUGGUACGUGCCUCUCGUCGAAUAAUCGGGCCGGGACCUCAUUUGCUCACACACACAGGCACACACACCCACACACACACCAUGAGUCGGAGCACAGGUGACGUGACACGUGUCAGCUGGCGCACAUUUCGGCUCAGAGAGCAGAGUUGUCUCUCCGUUCACAACUUGCACAAUUCUCUUCGCGUAAAAUU